AUGAGAAGUAACGGAGUGAAGCCGAGGGAAGUGGACUUCAAUGCAACGCAAAGGGUGCAUGGAGAGGAGUCACAGGCUCGAGUGCAUCUAAGGGAUAAAGGCGCCGAUCCCAGCUCCCCCUGCCAACUGCACUCCUCCCCAACCCCCGGUGCCGUCCCGCAAAUCGAAUCCCUCCCGCUCUUCCCCAAUGUGCCUUUUCUUGAGCGCCAGGCGCUCUUUCUCGGCAAGCGGAUCUGCUCUGUGCUCUUCGACUUCUCUGACACGCUCAAGUCGGCCCGCGAGAAGGAGGUGAAGCGGCAGACGCUGUCGGAGCUCGUCGACUUCGUGCAAUCCGGCUCCGACCGGCUCAAUGAGCAGGUACAGGAAGAGCUCGUCCGACUGUGUCUUCAUAAGAUCGACUCGGUGUGA